GUCCCGCCGCGUCCCGCCCGGCCGGCGGCGCGGGGCGGAGCGGUGAGCAGGGCCGGGCGGGGCCGCCGCCGCCCCCGCGGCAGGUGCCGGGGCGCAGCAUGGCCCAGCGGGGCGGGGGGCGGCCGCUGCCGGAGCGGGCUGCGGAUCUGCGGAACAAGAUCGUGGACCGGUGCGAGCGGCUCCAGCUGCAGAGCGCGGCCAUCGCCCGGCACCUGGACGCUGUGCUGCCCGCCAAGGACCAGGGUGUGCUGAACGCGGCCAACGCGGCGCGGGAGCUGGUAAUCCAGAGGCUGCUCUUCGUGGGGAACGCGUGCGAAAACGAGGAGCAGCGGUUGCUGGAGAAGGUGCACGCGGAGGAGGAGCGGGCGCACCAGAGCAUCCUGACCCAGCGGGUGCACUGGGCUGAGGCUUUGCAGAAGCUGGGUGCCCUCCGAACCUACCUGGUGGACAUGAUCACCAACCUGGACGACCAGGCCUUGGUGUGUGCAGAACAAGAGAUCUUCGAGAGGACGGAGCUGGCGGAGGGAAUCUUGGAGCCGCAGGAGUCCCUGAAGUUAAACUUUAACCAGGCGUGUGUUCAGAGUCCGCUGCUGCACCGGCUCUGGGCCUCUGCUGUUCUGUGCUGUGUGGCAGGCUCCCAGGAGAUUCACAUCGAUGAGAAAACCAUCAGCCCUCACCUCAGCCUGUCGGAAGACAAGAAAACCCUGACCUUCAGCCCCAAGAAAGGAAAGGUGAACUUGGACUGCCCUGAGCGGUUUGACCACUGGCCCAACGCUUUGGCCACUCUGGCUUUCCGCUCGGGCAUCUGCGCGUGGAAGGUCAGUGUGGAGCAGAGCUGCGCCUACAAGCUGGGCGUUUGCUACAGCUCCGUGCCCAGGAAGGGCUCUGCCAACGAAGGCCGCCUGGGCUUCAACGCUGCCUCCUGGGUCUUCUCGCGCUACGACAAGGAGUUCAGGUUCCUGCACGCCGGGCAGCCGCGCGCGGUGGAGCUGCUCAAGGCUCCAGCCGAGAUCGGGGUGCUGGUUGACUUUGCGGGAGGGGAGGUGCUUUUUUAUGACCCCGAUUCCUGUGCCAUCCUCUUCUCCCACAGGGAGAACUUCACAGAGCCCCUCUAUCCCGUCUUUGCUGUGGCACACCAGAGCAUCUCACUUGUCCAGUGAACAAAAUGUUGCACUCACUGGGGGGCUGAAUAUACCACUGUAUGUACAGUGACUGUAUAUACACUAUACAGUACAUUUGUGGGGCGAAGGAAGCCCAGACAGGG